AUGUACGAGCACUCAGCAAAAAGCGAACGACCUCAGAAUCGAACUGAGUACCUCCUGCUGAAAAUCACCCUCAUCGAGACCAGCCCGAUUACAAGUCUAAGCAUCUGUAACGCGGUAGAGAAGCAAAAGGUAUUUGAGCUGGCAAAAACUUGA